CUGGAGGGACGCGCUCGUGCAAGUGAGACACCGCAAACCCCAAAGACACCGCAGAAAUGUCCGCAUGUGAGUUUGACUCGCUGGAGAGGACCCUGGAGUCCCACCUCCCAGAGACCGAGCUGUCGGAGGUGAAACGCAUCCUGUUCGGGAAGGAGACGCAGAAGCUGGACCUCCCGACGUGUGCCGUGAGCGCCGCCGCUGAGCGGGACUUCGAGCUGAAGGCUUACAGGUUCGAAGCUGCUCAGGAACAGCUGAGGCCGCCCCGAAGGGUCCGCGUCGGACUCAUCCAGAACCGCAUCGUCCUGCCCACCGACGCCCCCGUCCUGGACCAGAUCCACGCCCUGCACAGCCGCGUCGGUGAGAUGGUCGAAGCGGCCGCCAUGUGCGGCGUGAACAUCGUCUGCUUUCAGGAGACCUGGACCAUGCCCUUCGGCUUCUGCACCCGAGAGAAAGAGACGUGGGCCGAGUUCGCCGAGUCUGCCGAAGAGGGAAACACCACGCGCUUCUGCCAAGAGCUGGCCAAGAAGCACAACAUGGUCGUGGUCUCUCCGAUUCUGGAGCGGGACGGGCUGCGCGACACUCUGUGGAACACCGCCGUGGUGAUCUCCAACUCGGGGAGCGUGCUGGGAAAGAGCCGGAAGAACCACAUCCCCAGGAUUGGAGACUUCAACGAGUCCACAUAUUACAUGGAGGGCGACACUGGCCACGCAGUCUUCCAGACGCAGUUCGGGAACAUCGCUGUGAACAUCUGCUACGGGCGCCAUCACCCGCUCAACUGGUUCAUGUACAGCAUGAAUGGAGCGGAGAUCAUCUUCAACCCGUCAGCUACUGUGGGAGCUCUCAGCGAGCCCAUGUGGUCCAUCGAGGCCAGGAACGCAGCGAUCGCCAACCACUGCUUCACUUGUGCAAUCAACCGCGUUGGGACGGAGCAUUUCAAAAGUGAAUUCACAUCUGGCGACGGAAAAAAAGCCCACCAUGAUUUCGGACACUUCUAUGGAUCCAGUUACGUGGCGGCUCCUGACGGCAGCCGCUGCCCGGGUCUCUCCAGGACCCGGGACGGACUUCUCGUGGUGGAGAUGGAUCUCAACCUGAACAGGCAGAUCAGCGACAAAUGGAGUUUUAAGAUGACUGGGCGGUAUCCUGAGUACGCAGAGGAACUCGCCAAGACUGUGAGACACGACUUCAAACCCAACAUUGUGAAAGAGUAGCUGAUUUUCUAUUAAAGUGGAGGUGCCUUCCUUUUUAAAGAGAAGUGGCUGUGAUGUCACUAGAAGAAUAAUUGUCUGUGUCAAGCAGAACUGCCAUAGAGUAAUAUAUCAAAUAAAUAUAAAAUCAAAAAUAUAAAUUAGUUUAUAAUGCCAAUGUUUUUUUUUUAUUUAUGGGUUUCAUGAUUAAUUAUAGCUCAAAUCCGCAGCAGGUUGAAUUUCAAAAACGUGUUCAAAUCCUUCUUUAUUCACAACAUAAUAAAUGCAGCUCGAUGAUUAACG